CCACGCCUUCUCAAUUCAGACUGGCCUAUAAAAGAGCUGCAAUUGAGGCAGGCCACCUUUUUACUGGGAAAACAAGAUGGCCACCACAGAGGCUGCACAGGGUCAGAGUGGACGUUCUGGAGCAGGAAGCACCUGAAGGACAACGUUAAAGACAGUCAAACUUCCUCUGAGGAGAUGGACAGAAACGAGGAACUGAACAAAUUGUUUCAGAGGUUACGUGUAUUUACACGCUACAGAGCAGACAAUCUGAGCAGCUGUGAUGAAAGGCAAAGACUGACAAAGCUGGCAAUGACAAGCUGCACAGAUGAAGUCGUCCUGCAGUGGCUGAGAAAAAACUCAGAAUCUGACGCCUUCAGCAAACUCACAGACAUGUUUGACUUCCUGAAGAAACACAUUGAUGAGGAGGAGAAGAAGAACCACAGCGAUGAUGUUCACAUCACCUUUGUGGCUCAUAGUUUAAUCAGAGACUUCAUGAUCCCAGCCAGCUGUUACCUGCCUCUGCCCACCAUCACUGAUGUGCUCCUCUAUUCUCCCUGGAACUGUGUCAGUUCUGGUUUAGCGUACAGUGUCGCUACAGGAAAACUGAGGCCUCAGCACAGAGUUUUUUCCUGUAGGAAAGAAGGCUGUACCAUUCCUGAUGACAAACAUCGACCUGUGAACCUGCCAGAUCACUGGAACUCACUGAAGAAAGCUGGAGCACAGAUGGUCCCAAACAUCACGGUUAGCCCCCUUUCACCAGAUGAUGAUGAUGAUGGAGUGUGGAAAAGCUUUGAGUCUCUCUCAGCUAAACACGGCCCACCAGGAAGGAACCGCAUCGUCAUCCCGUUCAUCCUCCCAGGACAGGAAUAUGAAACUGUCCCGUUCUCUGUGGUGACCUUGGCUCUGUCCCUGGUGCUCCUCUCCUCCAGGUUUAAAGCCACUCUUCACUUCUCUGGUUGUCUCAGAGAUCGCUCUACUGUAAAGAAAUUUGACAGGAAGUAUCUUCAGGAGCAGUACGCCUGCACCAUCGACAACAGCAUGAUGACACACUCACCUGAAGCUUUCAGAUGAUGAUAAAUGCUGCUCGUGUUAGACAUGUUUGUGGACAUUUUAGUGUAAAGAUGAAGAUGAAAUGAUAAAAGUAAUUUUUCUAUAUUUGAGGCUCAAAUUUAUGAUGAAUGGACUUGAAUCAUCAUUUAGUUCCAGCUCAUAAUCUGAUCAUAAUCUGCUAACAUCUGUGGAAUAAACAGACUCACCUGUUCUCUGCUCGCUGCUCACAGGUGACGUGAUACUGAUGUCAGACCUUCAACCAGCACACACACAGAUCAUUGACAUGAAGUAUAUAGAUUAUUUAUGUACAUUAUGUAUUAUGCAAUAUUUUGAUCUUUUAUUGCUUUAUGUUGGGGUUUUAGAUCCGUACUUGGGUAGAACAAUAAGUUAUGAGCCACAACUUUCUAACUCAGACUCUGAACUGUGUGUCACGUUCCAAACAUAGAAGUAAUACAAGUCUACAAGUUGUACAUCUAUAUUUUCACGCCUACAGACUCGGUAAUUGUUUCUGAUCUUUUGUUAUUGUAAAGCAUUAAAAUGUGAAGAUGAUGUCGUCUAAGUGAAGAAGAACAGGAUGAAAACCUGAAGCUGCUCAUUAAAAACAAUAUUGUAUAUAUGAAAUUUAUGGAGGACCAUGUGCAUCAAAAUAAAGA